AUGCCACCGUCGUGCUUGCAUCAUGGCAGUGACAUUUAUAAAUGGAGGUCCGCGAGGCACAGGCAUGGACUGACUGGCUCAAGGUCAACUCCAGCCUACGGCGGGGACGGGAACAACACCGAGGUCAGCCCGAUCCCACGGCUGAGCUCUGAGCCCUGCCCGGAGCCGGCGGUGUUGGACAGCCCCCAGCAGGGGCGAGCGGGGCGAGGCCGAGGGGCAGCGAAGGGCAGGCGAGGAAGGGCAGCGCCGGGCAGAGCGGGCGGGAUGCGGGCGGAGGAGCCGCUGGCGCUGGCGGCCCCGCGGGCGGGCGGCGAGGCGGAGGCGGAGGCGCCGGGCGAGGAGCGGAGCGGCGGCAGCUGCUGCAGCAGCGAGCGCCUGGUGAUCAACAUCUCGGGGCUGCGCUUCGAGACGCAGCUGCGGACCCUCUCCAUCUUCCCCGACACGCUGCUGGGCGACCCCAGCCGCCGGGUGCGCUAUUUCGACCCACUCCGCAACGAGUACUUCUUCGACCGCAACCGGCCCAGCUUCGACGCCAUCCUCUACUAUUACCAGUCCGGGGGGCGGCUGCGCCGGCCGGUCCAUGUGCCCCUCGACAUCUUCCUGGAGGAGAUCCGCUUCUACCAGCUGGGCCAGGAGGCUAUCGAGACCUUCCGGGAGGACGAGGGCUUCAUCCAAGAGGAGGAGAAGCCCCUGCCCCAGCACCACUUCCAGCGCCAGGUCUGGCUGCUCUUUGAGUACCCCGAGAGCUCCGGGCCGGCCCGGGCCAUCGCCAUCGUCUCCGUGCUGGUCAUCCUCAUCUCCAUCGUCAUCUUCUGCCUGGAGACCCUGCCCGAAUUCCGCCAGGAGCCCAAGGCCCCCCAGCCUGGCUUUGGGGAGGUUGUGCCUCUCGGGGAUGAGGCGCUGCUCCUGCCGCCGCUGCCACCGCCGAGCGGGACCCCCCCACCCCUGCGUCCCGUCGCCGGCUCCGGCCCGUUUUUCACAGACCCCUUCUUCCUCAUCGAGACCCUGUGCAUCAUCUGGUUCUCCUUCGAGCUCCUUGUGCGCUUCUUUGCCUGCCCCAGCAAGCCCGAGUUCUCCCGCAACAUCAUGAACAUCAUCGACAUCGUGGCUAUCAUCCCCUACUUCAUCACCCUGGGCACCGAGCUGGCUCAGCAGCAGCAGCAAAAGCAGCAGCCUGGGAGCAGCAGCAACAAUGGGGGCCAGCAGCAAGCCAUGUCCCUGGCCAUCCUCAGAGUCAUCCGCCUGGUCAGAGUCUUCAGGAUCUUCAAGCUCUCCAGGCACUCCAAGGGGCUGCAGAUCUUAGGGAAGACUCUCCAGGCCAGUAUGAGGGAGCUGGGCCUCCUCAUCUUCUUCCUCUUCAUUGGGGUGAUUCUCUUCUCCAGUGCUGUCUACUUUGCAGAGACUGAUGACCCUGACUCGCUGUUCACCAGCAUCCCUGAUGCGUUCUGGUGGGCAGUGGUGUCCAUGACCACUGUGGGCUAUGGGGACAUGUAUCCCAUGACCAUUGGUGGCAAGAUUGUGGGCUCCUUGUGUGCCAUUGCUGGUGUGCUCACCAUUGCCCUGCCUGUACCUGUCAUCGUGUCCAACUUCAACUACUUCUACCACCGAGAAACUGACCACGAAGAGCAGUGCCAGUACACCCAUGUCACCUGUGGCCAGCAACAGUCACCCUUCUCUGAGCCCAAGAAGGGGGACAGUAAUCAGUCCCUCAGCAAAUCUGAAUUCCUGGAAGCAGAAGACCUGGAGUCCAUGAAAUAUUCCAACUUCAUUCCUCCUAAUAACCAGGGAUAUAAAGAGAAGAAAAUGCUGACAGAGGUGUGAUGGGUUUUGUUGUCCUGGGUCCAGACAUGGAGCUGCAAGCUGCUUUUACAGUUGUCUUCCUACAAGCAGCUGGAUCUAUUCAGCAUUUACAUGCCAGACUGUGAAUUGUGAUACCGUAAACAGAAUGAUUGUGAUAAUGGGCUCUUCUGGCCUGAUUUGCUGUUUCUCAUUACUGUGUGCAGCCAGAAAUGUUCUUGCUUUAUUCUGUGGAGUGUUAGCUGUCAUCCCCACUCCCUUGUGCAUUUCUCUCUCUGCUUUUGAUGGCUGCUUUAGUCCAUCGUUUGCUCCGAAACCAAGUCUUGUUGCUCCACUAGCAGAGAAGCCCUUACCACUACUUCAUCAGAAGCAUUCAGCAGCCUAAACAGUUAAAGGGGCUACAAACAUCUGGCUCGAGCUGUGCUUUCAGUCCUUGUGCCAGCGCAAUGCCCUUGGCUGUGGGAUCAGUCACGCCUGCCAUGCCAUUGCCUUUGAAUAAUGGAAACGCUGCAGCCAGGAUCACAGGGAGCUCUGCAGCUGUAGGGGAAAGCCAGCAAGAAGAUGCCUGCCUUUUUUGCAACCCUUGGCAUGCUAAAAGAUCCUCCUGGUUUGUGUUUUAAAAAAAAAAAAAGGGUGCAUAAGUCAAAAAUCUCUUUGCUACUUGUGACCAUACAUCAUGCAUGCAUCAAAAACAAGCUUAAAGCAGUCAACAGGCUGGGUGAGGAUUCUCUGGGUGUUUUGAGCUUAUCUCAGCCUUAUUUAUGCCAGUGCCCUAAUGUUAAUUGGCUUUUAUAGUAUCAACUCAAUCUUCAUAGUGGUAAGUGCCUUCUGAUGCAAGGCGUGUUUGAGUAAAUUCAUUUGUUUUCUGCAGAGUUAAUCUUCACACAAUAGCGUUUAAUGAGAUGUGCUUUGUGCUUCAGAUACCCAGCUCUGUAUUCAGGCAUGUGAGAGCAGUUGACUCCGCUGCUUUUUUAACUGAGCAUUUGUGUUGCUGAGGGAAGUUUGCAUGUUGGCGUUUUGUUGAUGUGGCAGGAAAAUCCUGACCACAGACAGCUCUGCACCUGUGCUGUGUGAGGAUUGCGCUGGUUUAGCAAGUCACAGGCAUAAAAUGCCCCAGGGCGAGUGUGCCAACAUUUGAAACUGAGACUGGCAGGGAAACAAACUUCCCUAAGCUGUCUGCACAAAGCCAGCAGCAUCCUCCAGACCCUUUGAAUAAGGGGAGAAAUGGUGAGCCCUGAAGAGAUGCUUUUGCUGUAUUGCUGGCAUAGCCAGUUCCUGGUAUUUCGUGGAUAGGAGGGACAGCAGUGUUUUUGCACUUGGUUUUAUGAGAGCAAUUUGUGCCAGACAUGCAAAAUAUGCAUAGUUGGGCCCGCACUGCCAGGUUUGCCAAGGGACCAGAGAUUUCGGUCUUCAAAUACAUGUAUUGCUUCCCAGAUAAUUUCAUUAGUUUCAGCAGCUAUUCCUUACACCUAACUUUAAAAAUGUUUUGAGCUCUGCCAGCAGGUGAGAAAGGGAAAUAGAUGCUUUCAGAUUCCACUGGCAGAUUUUCCUGCAAGGAAAGUCCUUAUUUUAAUUCUGAGUGUUUAUUCUGCAUUCAUACAUCUGCAUGUGUAUGAAAGCAAAAGCAGCCAUUAAUGCCUUGCAUCACACUGUAUAAAAUGCAUAUUGGAAUGUACUACGUAUUGCAUGGGACAUGUGUGAUACAGAAAUAAUGCCAAGGUGCAAAAAUACAGAGAAUAGAUUUUAUACAUAUAUUGUGCUUUUCAGCCAUAAGACUAAGAAUGCUAAAUGCAUAUCAUAGAAUCAUAGAAUGACCUGGGUUGGAAGGGAUCUUAAAGGUCAUCUCUUCCCAAAGAGGGACACCUUCCACUAGACCAGGUUGCUCAGAGCCUCAUCCUUUUAUGUAGUCAAAACUGGCUAUAGAACUGUUUGUGAGGUGGGAUCUGUUUGCAUCUUCAUUACCCUGCCUAUUUUCAGUUGUCUUGAGAUAUGGCUCCAUGCCUAGAGUGCUUUUAUUGUGCCCUCUCUCCCUCCUGGCCCUGCUCAUAUGGUAGAAGUUGUUUGUGCAAAUCCUAACGACUCCAUUUCUCCAGAGUCACGUUGCCUUGUCAAUUAUGUUUAGUGUGCAGGGAUCUCUCUUUGGAUCAGCACACAAUUAUUGUAGUAAAACCUCUGCUCUCUCUCUUUCUGAACUCAGCAGGGAAAUGCCACUUGUCUCUGUCUGGGAGAAGCAAGUUUGAUAUGGUGAGGGCUCCUAGCUCAGAGGGGUUUGCCUGAAUAAAGCCUAAUUUCUCUUUGCUUCAUGGGACUGAGGCAAAGGUUUGUGAAGGUCUGAGACUUUGGGACUAAUUCUGCAUCCCUUGAUGUGUGUAAUCAGCUAGUGGGUAAAUUGUCUGGGUGAAUAAGUGGGACUGAGGGGCAUGGUGGCAUCUCUGUUGAUUUUGUGCAAAACUUGUCCAGUUCUUGGUGUGUCUUAGUCUUGGUGGUGUUCUUAGUUGUGUUUUGAGGUCACCUUAAUGAAAUCUUUUCUGUGAGGCCAAGAGAGGAACUCUUCUUCAAAUUUUGUUUUGCUAGAAACUAGCUAGAAACUAGCAAAAGAUGCUGCUAUUUAAGAAGGAUGUUUCAAGGCUGCUGCCCUCUCCCAGCAGAAUGCCCAUGUUUGGGAAUAUUUUAUGCCUGAGUCUAUCAGCUGAUAAAAGUUCCCCCAAAGUAAGAUAUAAAAAAUUCAGGUUGAACCCAAGUUCAGGAGAAGUCAUGAGACAUGCUGAGCAUACGUCAGAAAAUUCCUGUGCUCAUUUCUCCCCCUGGGCCCAGCCCUGUUGGCCCUGCCGGGCAGGAGCCCUCCCUGCCCAGAACAGAUUUUCUGUGCCCAGAACCAGCACAACAGACGGCUGGGCACCGAGACUCCAGCAAGAAAAAAAGAUGUGAGGCAGAUCACUGAUAGCACAAUCCCAGCGUGUCUGCCGCAGAUCCUCUUGGAAAGAGGUGUCCUGCCCUUGGGUGGGAACCAGAAGUGAGUUUCCAGGUGGAAUCCAGCAGUGAGUUUCUAGUGGGUUUUGGAAUCUCCCGCCUGCAGAUUGCACUGAAGGUGCAAAGGAAUUCUGUGGUGAACAAGGCAGCUCUGUGCAGUUUUUGUGAGCCACGUUUGUCAGUUCCGUAAAGAAAGUGCACAUGAAAAUGUGUAAAGCAGGGGUGGUGUUUGCUCCCUGUGCUUUCUGUGUUGGCUCUAAGAGAAAUAUAGAACACCAGCAGAAGCAUGGAACUGUAACCUCGGGAAUCAUUUGGGAAUGAUGCUGAAGAAAUCCUUCUCUAAGCACCUCCUGAAAAGCAGUGAAAUCCCAGAGUCAUCAGUAAUGCCACAUGUUACAGAACUUGUGGAAUUUGACCUUUUUUAAGGAGGCUUCAGUUUGGUUUUUUUUUCACAUGACUGAAAUGACACAGUGGCACCCGUGCCAUUGACUUUACCAGAGGUCUCAUGCCACCAAAUCACAGAGAUGCUUUCAGAAACCUUAAUUCAAAUUCUCAGCCCUUAGCACUACCCCUGGCUGCUCAAAAUGCAAAUCUGUUUCCUUCUGAAGGUGAAGCCAAGUAGGCACCUCCAGGGACUUGUUUCCAUAACAACCUCCCGGACUGUUUCUCUCUGUGCUGUGACUGUGGCUACAAGCGAAAGCACUCCACGAAUAUUUUGUGUUCAGAUAUCAGCACCUUAUCUUUACAGAUGUUUUCUUUGCUUAUUGGAGCUGAUCCCAUCACCUUAUAUCAUGUACAACUGCCCUGUCCAACUUCAGGUGGGCAGUCUCCAGCCUUUGAAAGCAGGGAGUGCAAACCUGGAGAUGGGAAGAGAUUUUAUUUGUGUGUCCUUGCAGACACAGUGCUGGAGAGUGUGUGAAGGACAAUCUGAGCACUCAGCCAGGAAACUGAGGGGCAAUCAGCCUGUGAAUGUAGAGUCAUCUGGGUGCCUGGUGACAAGGAAUACAAGAAUACAAGCUAAAGCAUUACAUUAAAGACCCAGAAAUUCCUCUUGCAGCAAUCUCACUAGAAAAUAGUUUUGCAGUGGAAGAGACUAUUGCUCCUUCCAGAUCCUGUGGCUGGUUUGUGAUUGUUGGUUCUCCUGAUAUUUUUCCCAUGGCACUUGCACCAAAGCAGGACAGGGCAAAAAAUCAUCUCCUUGGAGGUGGGGAAGGAAGGAAAGGAAGAAUUUUACUGAGGACACCAUUUUUUUUUUAUCCACACAAAGGACUGGAAGCAUGAAAAGCAUGAAGAUCUGUUCUGUGGUGUUUUGCUGGUGGAUUCCUGCUCUUACCUCCAAGGUGAAACUCCUGUUCUGCUUCUUCUAGGAAAAUGUUGGAAUUUGGGAUUUUUGAGUAAUUUUUGAUUUGGGCCUUUUUGAUCCAGCUUUCAUGGAUAAAAAUUUACUGUACAGCAGCCAUGCAGGUGAAGGUGACUGCACUUGGUCUUGUCCCCUGGGUCCUCUCAUUCAAAGGUUCCCUAUGAGAUAAAGAAGAAUGAGUGUAAAGAAAAUUCAGGGCAGCAAGAAACAGAGUAAGGACUGAAGUGUCUUCCAUAUGGUGAUGGAAAGGAACAAACAGCUCCAGCUCCAGCAUCUGCUGCUAUAGCAGAAAUAGGUCCUGUUUACAUCAGGGAAAGAUCUGCAGAUUGCAGCAGGAGUCAACCACAGCUUUCCCAAAAGCUCUCAUCUGACUCAAGUCCAACUUGAUGGCAUCCAUUUUCAGAAAGCAGAUGCUGCCCUCUUUUAUACUGGUGCAAUUCAGGAAUAACUCCACUGACGUCAGUGAAGUGACUCCAAAUUUAUCCCUGGCGAAAGCAGAAUUGGACCACAGUCUCUUUGUCUGCUCUGGAGCUCUGGGGAAGAUGUGCCACUGCCACACCAUAAGGCUGGAUUCUGGAUGCUGCAAGGCUGUCAUAUCAGGAUGCUGCAAAAGAGAUUGUUGCGUCUUCUUCCUGUAAAGUUCUGGAGUUUCUCCUUUAUGGAGAAAAUUUGGUCAGGAAAUUAUUUUCCUUGCUCUGUGGUUUUCUUGUUGCUGUUGCUCUUAAAGGGGUCAACACUCUUAGUUCCAGGAAACUGAAACUGAAUGUGAACAGGGGCUGGAGGAAGGAAGCAGGGAGAAUCCCCUACAAGAUUCCAAUGCAUCUUAUUUCUGGGAAAACUAAAUAAAACAAGAUUCAAUUGCUAGUGGCUAAAUAGCAGCAAUUUAUGAGCUGUUCCUCAAAAGCCCCAGACAAGCACCAAGUCCUGUGGGAAGCUGGAGAUUGACACAGGACACCUCCAGAAGAGUCCGCUGUUGAAACUUCCUUUAAGCCUUUUUCUCAAGUGAAGCAUGCAGACAUGGCAAAUGCAUAAGGUCAGCCCUUAAAAGAGCAAAGAGCUCUCUCUAAGAAAAUCAAAUGAGUGGCCGAAGUCUGUCUAUUUGUCUGACUGUCUUUUUGGCCUUGGACUACUGUGCUUUUCAAAGCUGUGCUUUCAUAACUCAGAUAAAAAGGUAGAUGUUUCCUAUAGCUCUACAAGUAAUAAUCAUCCUGUUCAUGCAAAAUAUCUGCUACCUAAGGGAUGGGCCUAAACCAGAGGUGUUUCUCAACUACGUACAAAGUAUCUGGCUUUAGCAUCUGUACAGUCAGUUUUUGUGAACACGUGAGUCCAUUGCUUGCUCAAACAAAGUUAGCGACUUAUUUUCAGUGGUCGUAGAGAGUUUCACUGAAAUAGCACCAUUUGUAGUCUAUUGUGUGACUUAGGAGGCACAAUUGCCAGACAAUUCUGCAAUUGUAAUAUAAUUGCACAUGGUGUUCCCAGAAAAUUCUCUGAAGUCUUAUCCUAUUGCACCGUUGUGAUAAAAACCUCUGCUGCUUUUUAAGCUCCAUGAGUCCAUGCUGUGCCAUACUGAAAGUGAGAGAAAACCCAAUUAGCUCUGAAAAAUGAAGGGCAAAGAGGGGUGCUCUGGCCUGGAAUUCCCUCCCUUUUGCAGCAGCAAAGGUCAGCCAUGCAGCCAAAAUUCCAUGACUACAUAUGGAUCCAGCUUGUGUGUGUUGCCAGCUCUCUGCACAGGAGAGUGGGAGGAUGGGUAGGAAGAAUUGAUUCUGGGAGGGGAUAGCCUGAGAGGGAGAGUGGAGUUAAACGUGAUAGCUGAAUAUUCAAGAGGUAGUUUGAUGGAUGCUGGGCAUACAACUUCCCUGGAACUCUUUAUCAGUAACACCCUCUAUAUAUUCCUGAGUGACUUUUAGCCAGUCUGGCAGUUUUCAGCAUCAAUGUGUGAGGGAAAAGAGGUAGGAGGCAGCUGAUCCCUCUGAUUUGGCAGCUCUGGGAGUGCAUUACCUCCUUGUGACUGCUGGCUGAGGGUCUGGAUCUCUGAGAAGCUUCCUGACUACCUGUGGCUCCCAUAGGCUUGUAGGACUGGGCUUAGAGAAGCCCUGAGCUGCCAGAUGGAGGCUGCUUCUGGUGCAGCUCUUCUGAGUAGUCACAGCCAUGGAUGUGAACCUGCAGUCCUUGGGAGACAAAAUGCACUCCACAAUCCCAAGGGACCUGCUUUGUCCCUCAGUGCAGGCCAGCUGUGGGAAUCCUCCAAGUUCCUUUGUGCUGAUCUGUGUGUCAAGGCCAUGUGGCUGACCAUGAGUGACCAGAGCUACCAUGGACCCUUCCUGCAGGGGCAAUUGUCUUGAGUCAGCGUAGAUGCAGGCUACCUUUGCAAAAGUGUGAUUAUCCUGGGGAAAUCCAUGGGGCAGAAACCUUGGGCCAUACUGUGUCCUCACACUAUCAGUAGGGAUGAUAUUGACAGGGGUGCUUUGCUUUUGGUGGGAAACCUUGCUCUGAUGCAUCAUUCCAAGGAAAACAGCUGGAGUUUGCAGGCCAGGUCAUGUGGUGAGAUAAGUAAUUCCAGCUCUCUUAUUGGAUCUGAGUUAUACAGGUCAGGUCCAAUGUUUCUGAGAAAUUGUAGAUGGUGGGUUUUUUUUUUUUUUUGUUUGUUUGUUUGUUUGUUUCAUUGAAAACUUGAAGCCUUUCAAAUAAAGAACGUGAGGUAUAGGGAUUUUUUAGCUGGAGUAUGUGCUUCAGGAUGCUUGCUGCAUUCAGGCUUUGAGAACACAAAUUCUCUGCGGACAAUCUCACACACAGUGGGAGACAAGGUUAUUGGGCUUGGAAGUGCACCAGGGAGAUGGAACUUGAGUGAGCUUGGAACAGCAAUCAUUAUCAUUAGUGGCAGUGCCAUAGUAUGUGCUUGACUCAAAUCCAGCGCUGCACAGGCAAGAACCUGAUGAAACCUUGUAACUUGAUUUUUGUGGUUGUUCCUGCCAGUGUGAUCCACUGUUGUAUAGGCUAGACAUGAAUAAAAUCAGUAUUUUUUAAA